AUGAUUCCCUUCGAGGCUCUGUUGCCCUAUGGCAUCAUGUUUUCGCUUCUGACCAUUUGUGGUGGUGGUUUGAGCGCCGUUCAUUACCUCCGUAACGAUGGCAAGCGUGACCGCUGGAACGUCGAUGCUUUCGAUCGCUCUCUCAUUGAGCGCGACAUUCGCCUUACUGGCCGGGCCCGGGGCCAGUCUGACAGCCCCAUUGCUCCUAAGGACUUCAAGCUCAACUCGGUUUGGAAGUUGGAGAAACCUUCUACCAGCUAA